AUGCCAUCAAUCUUGAAGAAAGAAGCAUCCAAAGGGGUUCCACCACCACCACCACCGCCUGGUCUUCCUUCCAUUGAAGAUUGCAUUUCUCAAAUGAAAUUUGCGGCUCGUCUUCAAACUUCUCAUGAACUGCGUGGCGGUCAUGGCAUCCCGGUUCUUCCACCACGAUCCAUGGAUCACGAUGACAGUGUUGGUGGGGAUGGUUCCAUCAAGGCCAAGAAAUCCAAGAACAAGUCUUCCUUCAAACCCCGAUUCCUUUCCAAGUCAUCGUAG